UGUUGGUGCGAUACAACUCAGAUUGAAGGUUGAAGUAAAUUUCAAGUUGAUAUUACCCUCUCGUAUCAAAGGGACUGUAAUUAACAAUUACGGGUAGUCUCAUCGAUAGGACAAUACCUCUUCAUCAUGCUCUGGUGGAUAAUCACGACUUUGGUUAUGUUGUUCUAUGGGGUUAGCGUAACGAAAGCUGUGGGACUGCUGAAAUGGCCGCGUGGUAUUCAGCUCUUCAAUUAUAUCGAUCCUGAGUCAUGGAAAUAUAAUUACCCGAUCUGCAAUAGAUACAGGCAAUCUCCCAUCGAUCUCAAUCCCGAUUAUUUCCGGUACGUGGUGGAUUCACCGGCCCUCAAAUGGAUCGGCUACGAUGAUGUCCCCGAUAACAUUACCAUUUUUAAUAAUGGCCAUACUUUGGAACUCUCAGGUUUCUGGCCGGCACCUUCAAUUCCUUUCAUAACUGGUGGUCCUCUUCGUGGUGAAUACCUCUUCACGCAAUUACAUUUCCACUGGGGCGAGGAUAACACAGUGGGAAGUGAACACACCACUGAUGGCUCUAGCUAUCCCUUGGAGAUGCAUAUGGUCCAUUGGAAGAGGACAUACGGCUCCUUUAACGAGGCUCUUCGCCAUCCUGAUGGAUUAGCGGUUAUCGGGCUAUUUUUUGAGAUCGACGAGGAUCCGGAGCGGGUGGCGCCCUUGAAUAUGAUUUUUGAUCACAUCGGAGAUGUCAGGGAAGCGAACAAAAAAGUCAAUGUGAUGCCUUUUCCCCUGACGGUGCUUGAUGUAAUCGGGAGACAGUUCUCCUUCAUGUCGUACAUGGGGUCUCUGACGACUCCGCCCUGUCUCGAAUCUGUCAUUUGGAUUCUCUCGAACUUCGUCUCUCCUGUAUCAACCUCGCAAAUGGUGGAAUUACGAAAAUUACGAUUGCGAAACAACGAUCGUCGUAACUAUCGCCCGAUACAACCGAGAAACGACAGGAAAAUAUUUUUCUACUUGAACAACAAUGGAGAACCAAAAAAAAAACAGAAAUGCGAAGCUCGGGAUUGAACACAAGUGCAGAAUUAUUCGAGACACUUCACAUUCGUCUCCGCCCUUCCAUCCCCUACUCGGAACGUGAGCCAGCGCCAUUUAUUGUUCCCAUGAAAUAUUAAUUCCACAAGAACAGAACAGAACAAGUACGUUUAUCCACCCUCAAGAGUCACGCGAGAUCUGAAUUAUUGAGAGGCCUCCACUGGGGAUGAAUGUUUCAAUUCCAUGGCCAUCAAAUGAAAGUGGUGUAAAAUAUACCGAGCACCUCAUCCUCCUCGACAUUUCAUUGUACUCGUUAAUACGAAUAGACAUAUUUGCUUAAACUCAGAACUCCAUCAAAAAAUAAUGUCUUCGAACAAUA